CAAUAACAGGCCCGCCCCUAAACACUCAUCCCUCGAUUGGCGUGCUUACGGACAGCAGCCGUGCUUUGACGUCGGGGGGGUUGAUAAGCGCGCUUGCUUGCUUGCUUGCCUGCCUGCCUGCCUGCCUGCCUGCUUGCUUCGGUCUACUGAAAUCGCCGCUGCAGUUGCGUCGAGUUUUCAGAGACGAUCUGCAGCUCGAACCUCGCAGAACAGCUGAGAGCCUUCAUUGCCCUACUGAAACCAUGGCAACAGCUAUGGCAGAGGCUGAGACGCGUCAGAAACUGCUACGCACUGUCAAAAAAGAGGUGAAGCAGAUCAUGGAGGAGGCAGUGACUCGGAAGUUUGUGCACGAGGACAGCAGCCACAUUGUUUCAUUCUGCGCUGCGGUGGAAGCGUGUGUGUUGCACGGACUGAAGCGCCGGGCUGCCGGGUUCCUCCGCAGCAACAAGAUCGCAGCGCUGUUCAUGAAGGUGGGGAAGAGCUUCCCUCUGGCUGACGAACUCUGCAGGAAGGCACAAGAGCUGGAGCAGAUCAUCGAGAGCAAGAGGAACCAGAUCCCCUUGAAUCCUGAUAGUACUCGGAAGCUGCAGAAACUGCCCAGCGUGUCUCCCCAGGUCAUCAAGCAUCUAUGGAUCCGCACAGCCCUCAUUGAAAAAGUUCUGGACAAGAUCGUUCACUACCUAGUGGAGAACAGCAGUAAGUUCUAUGAGAAGGAGGCUGUGCUGAUGGACCCAGUGGACGGACCAAUACUUGCAUCCUUGCUGGUGGGUCCCUGUGCCCUGGAGUACACCAAGAUGAAGACAGCGGAUCACUUCUGGACAGACCCCUCUGCAGACGAGCUGGUCCAGAGGCAUCGCAUUCACAGCGGGCACUGCCGGCAGGACUCUCCCACCAAGCGCCCUGCUCUUUGUAUCCAGAAGAGGCACUCCAGCGGUAGUAUGGAUGACCGUCUCUCCCCCUCAGCCCGUGACUAUGUGGAGUCCCUGCACCAGAACUCCAGGGCCACGCUGCUCUUUGGCAAGAACAAUGUCCUGGUGCAGCCGAAGGACGAUAUGGAAGCCAUCCCGGGGUACCUGUCUCUCCACCAGACCGCAGACAUCAUGACCCUGAAGUGGACACCCAACCAGCUGAUGAACGGCUCUGUGGGAGAUUUAGACUAUGAGAAGAGUGUUUAUUGGGACUAUGCCAUGACCAUCCGUCUGGAAGAGAUUGUGUAUUUGCACUGUCACCAGCUUGUGGACAGCGGUGGGACAGUGGUGCUGGUGAGUCAGGAUGGGAUCCAGCGCCCCCCCCUGCGAUUCCCGAAGGGGGGGCACCUCCUGCAGUUCCUGUCCUGCCUGGAGAACGGGCUCCUGCCUCGCGGACAACUUGACCCUCCGCUCUGGUCUCAGCGGGGAAAGGGGAAGGUUUUCCCGAAGCUGCGAAACAGAAGUCCGCAUGGAUCCCCGGAGUCUGUGUCCGACAAGGAGGAAGAGGAAGCCACGGACUACGUGUUCAGGAUCCUCUUCCCAGGCAGCCAGUCCGAGUUCGUUACCAUUAUCCAUUGCCGUCACCAUCAUCACCCUCGUCCCUCUCCCUCCUCCCUGUCCCGCUCCCUCUCCCUGAACCUCCGGAAACUCCCCCCUAGGCGUGUUCCUGCUGGCCGGAUCCUGGUUAUCCCCAAACACUCCUCCAGUUUCUCUGGCAGGAGCAGCCAGACUCCUGCACCCAACCCCAGCAGGACACGGCAUGGCUUAUCGCAGGACCUCAUGGACCAGGGGGCGGCCCUGUGGCACCCCACUGCCAGGAAGUCCUCCUGCUCUUCCUGUUCCCAAAAUGGCUCCUCAGACGCAGGGCCUCCAAACGACUGCAACCGUGAGCGGGCCCCUCUGAAGUUGCUGUGUGACAACAUGAAGUAUCAGAUCAUUUCCAGAGCUUUCUACGGCUGGUUUGCGUAUUGCCGUCACAUGUCCACUGUGCGCACGCACCUGUCUGCGCUGGUGAACCACACCAUUGUGGACCGGGACGUCCCACACGAGGCCGGCGGCGGGCUGACAGCAGAGAUGUGGCAGAAAUACCUCCAGGACUGUAAGGUUUAUGAGGAGCAGGAGCUGCUGCGGCUGGUUUACUUCGGAGGGGUGGAACCCACAAUCCGCAGGGAGGUGUGGCCCUUCUUGCUGGGGCACUACCAGUUCGGGAUGUCGGAGAAUGACCGGAAAGAGGUAGAUGACCAGAUGCGUGCCUGCUAUGAGCAGACGAUGAGUGAGUGGCUGGGCUGCGAGGCGAUCGUUCGCCAGCGGGAGAAGGAGCAGCACGCCGCUGCCCUCGCCAAGUGCUCCUCAGGAGCCAGUCUGGACAGCACGAUGCAGAAGAUGAUGCACCAUGACUCCACCGUCAGCAACGAGUCUUCCCAGAGCUGCAGCUCGGACAGACAGAGCCAUGCGCGGCUGCAGAGCGACUCCAGCAGCAGCACACAGGUGUUCGAGUCUGCGGAGGAGAUGGAGCAGAUAGAGACGGAGGUGAGGGCCGAGGAGAGCGUCAAGGCAGCCAAACGUCCCAAUGGAACCGCCCCCAACGGAACCUGCUCUCCUGAUUCCGGACACCCUUCCUCCCGGAACUUCUCCAUCACCUCCGGAUUCUCCGACCGCAGCUUCAGCACCGAGGACAGCGGUGCCGGCACCGAGUCUGCAGUUAAAACAUCUGGACAGCAGCCUCCACAAGCACCGACCAAACAGAAGCAAGAGGGAGCCAGCCCCAGCAAGAAGACUCCAGUUCAGGGCAUAGAAGAUGCCGCUCGGGGUCAGGCGACUGAAGAGACCGUCCCUCCCGUCUCCAAAGGGGCUGCUGAACAGACCCGGCCCGACAGUCUGACCACCAACGCGAGUUCGGAGGAUCUUCUGUCUGCCACUGAGCUGCCCUCAGAGGAGGGGCCUCUCCCAGGGGUGGUGGCUGGGCUUCCUAUGCUGGAGAUGCAGCUGGACGAGGAAGCUGAGAAGCAGAGCCUGGUGGGCAGCGAGGACAACCUUUCUGAGGAGCCUGAAAUGGAGAGCCUGUUCCCCCAGUUUGUCUCGCUGGCUGUGGGAGCGGAGGGUAAAACCGAAGCCACGUCCCCUGUCACUUCCAUUGGGGUCACCUACUCUGAGCUGCUGGACAUGUACACAAUCAACCUGCACCGUAUCGAGAAAGACGUGCAGAGGUGCGACCGAAACUACUGGUACUUCACUCCUGCCAAUCUGGAGAAACUGCGCAACAUCAUGUGCAGCUACAUCUGGCAGCACCUGGAGAUCGGGUAUGUGCAAGGCAUGUGCGACCUGUUAGCUCCCCUGCUGGUCAUUCUCGAUGACGAGGCAAUGGCCUUCAGCUGCUUCACGGAGCUCAUGAAGAGGAUGAACCACAACUUCCCUCACGGAGGAGACAUGGAUACACACUUCGCCAACAUGCGCUCCCUCAUCCAGAUCCUGGACUCCGAGCUCUUUGAGCUGAUGCACCAGAAUGGGGAUUACACACAUUUCUAUUUCUGCUACCGCUGGUUCCUUCUGGACUUCAAACGAGAACUGGUGUACGAUGAUGUGUUCUCAGUGUGGGAGACUAUCUGGGCUGCGAAGCACACGUCAUCGACCCACUUCGUGCUCUUCAUCGCUCUGGCAAUGGUGGAAAUGUACAGAGACAUCAUCCUGGAAAACAACAUGGACUUCACCGACAUCAUCAAGUUCUUCAACGAAAUGGCUGAACACCACAAUAGCAAGCGUGUGCUGACGUUGGCACGGGACCUGGUCUACAAAGUGCAGACACUCAUCGAGAACAAGUGAAGGGGGCGCUCGACCACAAAGCUCUACAAACACACUCAUGAUCACAUCCUUCAUCCUCGCACCAGCUUCUCUCGUUCUGUUCACUGUCAGUGCGCCAGCGUCAGAGGCCACAGUAACGGAUUGCUUGUAUAAAUCAGGAUGAACCAGGUUUAGCCACCUCUGCUGUUAUACAUUUUACUGCAACACUGCAUCUUUGAACAUCCAGUAAGUGAGAGCUAGGGACCUUCAGUGGAGCCUGUUUUAUAUCAAUCAGGUUUCUGUGAGUAUCACAUGGGGGGGAGGGGGGGGACUCCUCUAGAGUACCUGGAUAGGUAAUAAAGAGCACAUGGGUGUUCAGCAGAGCAGCAGAUUUGAGGGGAGGGAGAAGGACUGUGGAUGAGACUGCAUGUCGAGCGACUCUUUCAGAUUGCAGUUCAUGAACAGUCCUGGGUGUUCUUUAUUGUUCAGUUUGACACGGCAUUAGUUCAUUGUUUCAGUGUUUACCCACCAAGACAGAGUUUAGGGUUUCACCAUUGCCGCGCAACAUUGCCGUGCAAAAUUCAUGGCAAUACCCGAGUGCUAUAUAGUGCGUUUGUAUUUUAUUUGUAUAAGGUGGGUGUGUGUUUCCUUAGAGGAUAAUAUAAUCUAGUGGUGAUACUAUACUUUACACACAAGAAUAAAGAGUUUCUACACACACGUAACUACACCAUGCCUUUGUGUGGAAUGCGCAGAAUCUGGAAAAUUAUUUUCUCUAUUCCCGUACGCGUCUCGGCUUUUAUGUGUCUUUCAUCGCAACAUUGUAACAAUCCUCUAUGAAGCACAUACUCUCACCCCAGCUUCACAUAAAGGUAAUGAGGUAACAGUGUUUCUUCACUGUGUUGAGGUAACAGUGUAUCACCUGGAUUUAUCUGUGCCAAACAGAGGUGCCACUAGACAUAUGAGAGGAGGUGGGGAGCUCAGUGUAAUGUAUAUCGACUUGAAAUGUCCGUGAAAUCGAAAUGAAAGGUAGCAGAAGUGAUUCUGUAAAUCCCACAAAUGAAACCCUGUUUUUAAUAAAGGAAGGAUAAUGUGCCAAAACACUUUAACAUUCCACUUGGAGACUGACGGCUCAUUCAAGUUGGGGGGGAAUGUCAGAAUUGUCACAGUGAUAGGUCGUGAGAGUUUGCCUGUGACCAGAGUGUCUCGUGUGGGUUUCGAUCGAUUCAGACAGGUUAAAAACUAGAAAGUCAUUUCCAGCUAGCAGACUGAAGCGUUUUCUCACACACUAUAUAUAAUGCUAAUGAUUUGCUGCCCAUAGGUGUCCAAUUACUGAGCUCUUUAUAUUGAAUUAGCUGAGUCUCCGAUCCCUGUACUGAGUUAUUUGUAUUUCGUUGAUUUUAAAAAUCAAUCAGCUUUAUUUUUAUUUUUUUUAAGUUACAAAAUGUUUAGCAGGAUAAAAAAUAAAGUGCAACGGUUAUAUACUGAAGCACUCGGAGGUUGUCUUUGGUAGUUUUUUUUUAUUUGCUUUAUAAUUUUUAAUUUGUGUUUUUUCUGUCUUUUAAAAAAAAAAAAAAACUUGGUGCUAAAAACAAUUGAAUUGUCAAUUUAAUCUAUAUUUCUAUGUUUAUGUGCUUUGUUAAAUCAUUUGUUACUGCCUUAAUGUAGCUGUUUGUCCGUUUUAUUUAGUAAUGUUUUACAAAGGUCAAAAACCACAGAGAGGAACCCUCCCCUCUUUAAUAAACAACGACACAUUUGUAAAGCAUGGACAUUUCAGUAAACACAGAAGACUGCUAUGCAUUUACUGCCUUGCUUAUUUCCUGUGAUUUGUGGCACUGUACAGGGUUUGGAUAAACAGCUGUCAACACUGUCCUAUUGAGUGUAGAGACAGGUUAGACAGCCCUCUGUCAAAGUCUGUCAAAUCUGCUUUCUUUCUCAUUGUGACGGAAGCAGACCUCCUACUGGGAGAUGCAGCUUAUAUUUUUUGCAGAACGCAUCGGGAUUCCCUUUGCAUAAUCAACCGCGUGUCCAUCCUCUUUAUCUUUCAAGUUAGAUGGACUACAGUAUCUUAUGCUGGUGUUCCUCUGACAUCAUCAGAUACGAAAGCUAUGUGUGCUUCUGACAUCAUCAGAUAGGUUUUUAUGUCGUGUUUGUUAUAACGAGUAAUCUGGAUUUUGUCUUUCCAGUACAGUUAAAACAGGGGACUGGUUAAGCAGCAUCCUUCUGAUAUUCAGGAAACUUUCAGCUCAUUCAGCUCUAAUUUUGUAGCUAAAGUUGAUAAAAACAAUACGUGUUUCAUAUCAUGGAUGUUUUCAGUUUAAAAAAAAGAAAUACGCUACACGUUACCGCAGUAUAUACACUGCAAUGCAGCUAAAGAGCUUAUACUGCCGGCUGCUGUUCCACAAACACAAGAGACACAUUACAUUGCGUUAGAGGUAGUAUUGUUAGCAGAACAGCUUUUAAAUAUCCUGUGUCAGAAAAAAUAAACGUAUUGUUCAAAGUGCCCGUGUUUUCAAUGACAUGUAUAUUUUUUUUAAUUGUCUGAUUUUAUUGCACAUUUUCAGAAAGUGUCUGUAUCCUGCUGUUUGUGAAUUGUACUGUAAUUUAAAAAGA